AUUGGGGUGUUUUAGGUAAACCACGAACAUGUCGUCCUUGUUACUUUUCAGAUAUAAGUCUCUGCAUCAGCGAGGAUGCUAUACAUUUUGCGCACGCUAUUUGAGUAAGAAAACGAAUGCUGGGGAGGUACCUCUGACGAAAGAAGAACAGCAAGGUUGGGAAGAACAGAAGCGUGCCAUUCGCGAUCUGCGAGCCAAGAUUCGGCAAAAGGAAGCCGCUUUGCGUGUGCGCUCCGGACUUACUGCGGAUCUAUCAACAAACAGAGAUAUGGUAGAAGGAGCAUCUCGUCGUCAUCAGCCUGCUGAAAGGGAAUCUAGCGAAACAGGCCCCGGCGAAGCAAAGUAACGGCUGUUCAAUACCAUCAAAGAUAGUGCACAAGAUCUGCACCGGCAUUCCCAUUUGCACUUCGCCAUGUAAAUGCAAUAAAUUUUCUUCAAGUCA